GUGGCCAUAUUGGAUCCAUUCAGCCGCAGCCGCCCGGGCGGAGCGCGUCCCGCAGCCGGCUUGUCCCCAUCGCGGCCCGGGUGCUCGUCCCGGCUCGCCGGCCCGGUGCAGAGCUCGCCAUGGCGGCCACUGACCUGGAACGCUUCUCGCUCCCGGUUCCUGGGUGCGAUUCCCGGCAGGUCUGGCCUCAGUGGUCGGGUCUGAAGCAGCCAUUCCCCAGGAACUGGAGGGAUUCCAGAUUCAGCCCAGUGGAUGUUUGGGCCCCAGUCCAGAAUGCAGAGCCAGAGCCCCGGAGCCUCUCCCUGGGUGGCCAUGUGGGUUUCGACAGCCUCCCCGACCAGCUGGUCAGCAAGUCGGUCACUCAGGGCUUCAGCUUCAACAUCCUCUGUGUGGGGGAGACUGGCAUUGGCAAGUCCACACUGAUGAACACGCUCUUCAACACGACCUUUGAGACCGAGGAAGCCAGUCACCAUGAGGAGUGUGUGUGCCUGCGGCCCCAGACCUACGACCUCCAAGAGAGCAACGUGCAGCUCAAGCUGACCAUCGUGGAUGCCGUGGGCUUCGGGGAUCAGAUCAAUAAGGAUGAGAGUUACAGGCCCAUAGUCGACUACAUCGAUGCGCAGUUUGAAAACUAUCUGCAGGAGGAGCUGAAGAUCCGCCGUUCGCUCUUCGACUACCAUGACACGAGGAUCCACGUCUGCCUCUACUUCAUCACACCCACGGGGCACUCCCUCAAGUCCCUGGAUCUGGUGACCAUGAAGAAACUAGACAGCAAGGUGAACAUUAUUCCCAUCAUCGCCAAAGCAGACACCAUUUCCAAGAGUGAGCUCCACAAGUUCAAGAUCAAGAUCAUGGGUGAGCUGGUCAGCAAUGGGGUCCAGAUCUACCAGUUUCCCACGGAUGAUGAAGCUGUUGCAGAGAUUAAUGCGGUCAUGAAUGCACACCUGCCCUUUGCCGUGGUGGGCAGCACCGAGGAGGUGAAGGUGGGGAACAAGCUGGUGCGAGCGCGGCAGUACCCUUGGGGCGUGGUUCAGGUGGAGAAUGAAAAUCACUGCGACUUUGUGAAGCUCCGGGAGAUGUUGAUCCGGGUGAACAUGGAGGACCUCCGCGAGCAGACCCACAGUCGGCAUUACGAGCUCUACCGGCGCUGCAAGUUGGAGGAGAUGGGCUUCCAGGACAGCGAUGGUGACAGCCAGCCUUUCAGCCUACAGGAGACAUAUGAGGCCAAGAGGAAAGAAUUCCUGAGUGAGCUGCAGAGGAAGGAGGAGGAGAUGAGGCAGAUGUUCGUCAACAAAGUGAAGGAGACAGAGCUGGAGUUGAAGGAGAAGGAGAGAGAGCUCCACGAGAAGUUUGAACACCUCAAGCGGGUCCACCAGGAAGAGAAGCGCAAGGUGGAAGAGAAGCGCCGGGAACUGGAGGAGGAGACUAACGCCUUCAACCGCAGGAAGGCGGCGGUGGAGGCCCUGCAGUCUCAGGCCCUACACACCACCUCGCAGCAGCCUCUGAGGAAGGACAAGGACAAGAAGAAUUAACGCACGCACAGACUUACAUGUCAAGAGUGGACUUUAGACUUUCAUGUGUUAAGUUGCUUGAGUUACACCUUGUGACCCUUCUCCCAUAACAUGGUGUGAGGACGGACUGGGAGCUGGUACAGACUCCAGUGUUUACAGCCUUGCUUUGUCCCCCCCCACCCCAACCCCGCCAUCCCCCAGGCUGCCUGGGCCUGGCUGGCUGCCCUCUUUAUGCAAACUCGUUAAAGCCAUGAAUGCUGGAAUCCAAAACUGAUGAGGUUUAUUUUUUUCAGAGCCAGUGGCUGGUCUUCCAUUUACAGUGUCACUAUUCCUUGAUGGAGCAGUUUUGUGCCACUAGCGAAGGCCCCAGCCGGCGAUGCUCGGCCUAAUUGUUCAGCGUCAAGAUGGCAACUCAUGCAGUGCCCUAGGUGUGGCCACGUGGUGUGGUAUACAUGCUGCAAAUUCGUCUGAUUCCCCUUCAUUUUAAUUUUUCUAACCUAGAGCUUAAUUUCAAUAAUAACUUUUAAAUCACUUCUAAAUUUUUAUUUUGGCACGAGCAUAAAGACAAAUAAUACCCUCUCCCAUUAUUUUCAUAAGUAACAGAUUCCCUGAUUUUUAAAAACUAAAAAUAUCUCUAAACCUUUCUUAUGUAUAAAGUAUCCCUAUAAAAUAUAGGGAGAGGUGGGUAAUAAACAUCCUGUAAUGACAGUGUUUGGAAUUUCUUUAUGGAUGAAAGUGGAUCAUGAGCAAGACCACGUCCAGUGUUUUUACUGUGAAUGUAAAUGGAACAGCAGCCCAAAGCCAUUGUCUUUGUGCCCCAGAGGUGCUACCUGUAAACAGGGACCAACCCCAUGUGUGCAUGUUAAGUGUUUGACUCUAACUAAGACCCCCCCCAAACCAAUCCUGCAUAUUCCACACGCAAAGAGUGUUCAGCGGAAACAGGUUUUUCUCCAGGUCAUUGUUUCCUUUUUCUUGGCUGAGUCGCAGGGAAAGAGAUGAAAGUGUCUGAUGUAUGUGAACAAUUUAAGAAAAAUAUACCAGCAGAGGAGCUUUUCCCCUUUACUGGCAUUCUUAAAGAGAACAUUCUAAGAAAGUACAAGCAUUCUUCUAUGUUCCUGUUGGUUUGCAAGCCAUUGAGAAUAUCAGGGUUGAAAACAUGGGCUGAUAAUAUGGUACCCAAGAAAUGAAUAGAUGAGACGAAGGAUUUCAUUUAAUGUUGAUGAAGCACUGUGCUGGGCACUGGCUACCCAGAGUAAUGCACAGCUCUGUCCUCAAGGAGCUUACAGUCUAGUGCACUCCCUAGUUGGAAGACUUAGGAAGCUGCGCUAAUUUAUUGUUGGAUUGGCAUUUUGUAUUUUACGUCCUUCAUCUUCUCUUCCGUCAUUGUUUCCCUCUUUCUGCCUUGGCCUGCUUUACUGAUUUCCAGGACAAGGUCCUGGCUCCUUCCUGCCCUUCUGAGACCAUGUUCCAUUCAGAGAGGGGUGGAGGGUGAGCUGUGAGUAUCCACUGAGGCGUGACCAGGAAAAGGUGGUCUUUUUCUCCUCACCAGGAGUAGAGCAGGUUUUAUUGAUGCUCAAAGUGAAAAUUCUCCAAAGUUAUGCCAUGACCAUGGGUGGAUACAGGUUUUUGAGGGGCUCGAAGCUUGAACUACUUGAGAAACCUUUUUUU